AUGGUCCACACAAAGACCAUCACACCUUUACCUCCACACCAACACGAUCAAAUUGGCCAUCCUCCAGGCAGUAGGGACCACAUUGGCCACCCUCCAGGCAGUAGGGACCACAUUGGCCACCCUCCAGGCAGUAGGGACCACAUUGGCCACCCUCCAGGCAGUAGGGACCACAUUGGCCACCCUCCAGGCAGUAGGGCCCACGUUGGCCACCUUCCAGGCAGUAGGGACCACGUUGGCCACCUUCCAGGCAGUAGGGACCACAUUGGCCACCUUCCAGGCAGUAGGGACCACAUUGGCCACCCUCCAGACAGUAGGGCCCACGUUGGCCACCUUCCAGGCAGUAGGGCCCACGAUGGCCACCCUCCAGACAGUAGGGCCCACGAUGGCCACCCUCCAGGCAGUAGGGCCCACGAUGGCCACCCUCCAGGCAGUAGGGCCCACGAUGGCCACCUUCCAGGCAGUAGGGCCCACGAUGGCCACCUUCCAGGCAGUAGGGCCCACGAUGGCCACCCUCCAGACAGUAGGGCCCACGAUGGCCACCCUCCAGGCACUAGGGACCACGUUGGCCACCCUCCAGACAGUAGGGCCCACGAUGGCCACCCUCCAGGCAGUAGGGCCCACGAUGGCCACCUUCCAGGCAGUAGGGCCCACGAUGGCCACCUUCCAGGCAGUAGGGCCCACGAUGGCCACCCUCCAGACAGUAGGGCCCACGAUGGCCACCCUCCAGGCACUAGGGGCCACGUUGGCCACCCUCCAGGCAGUAGGGACCACGUUGGCCACCCUCCAGGCAGUAGGGACCACGUUGGCCACCCUCCAGGCAGUAGGGAGCACGUUGGCCACCCUCCAGGCAGUAGGGACCACAUUGGCCACCCUCCAGGCAGUAGGGACCACAUUGGCCACCCUCCAGGCAGUAGGGACCACAUUGGCCACCCUCCAGGCACUAGGGACCACAUUGGCCACCCUCCAUUCAGGAGGGACCACGUUGGUCACCUCCCAGGCAGUAGGGACCACAUUGGCCACCCUCCAGGCAGUAGGGACCACAUUGGCCACCCUCCAGGCAGUAGGGACCACAUUGGCCACCCUCCAGGCAGUAGGGACCACAUUGGCCACCCUCCAGGCAGUAGGGACCACAUUGGCCACCCUCCAGGCAGUAGGGCCCACCUUGGCCACCUUCCAGGCAGUAGGGACCACGUUGGCCACCUUCCAGGCAGUAGGGACCACAUUGGCCACCUUCCAGGCAGUAGGGACCACAUUGGCCAUCCUCCAGACAGUAGGGCCCACGUUGGCCACCUUCCAGGCAGUAGGGCCCACGAUGGCCACCCUCCAGACAGUAGGGCCCACGAUGGCCACCCUCCAGACAGUAGGGCCCACGAUGGCCACCCUCCAGGCAGUAGGGCCCACGAUGGCCACCCUCCAGGCAGUAGGGCCCACGAUGGCCACCUUCCAGGCAGUAGGGCCCACGAUGGCCACCUUCCAGGCAGUAGGGCCCACGAUGGCCACCUUCCAGGCAGUAGGGCCCACGAUGGCCACCCUCCAGACAGUAGGGCCCACGAUGGCCACCCUCCAGGCACUAGGGACCACGUUGGCCACCCUCCAGACAGUAGGGCCCACGAUGGCCACCCUCCAGGCAGUAGGGCCCACGAUGGCCACCUUCCAGGCAGUAGGGCCCACGAUGGCCACCUUCCAGGCAGUAGGGCCCACGAUGGCCACCCUCCAGGCACUAGCGACCACGUUGGCCACCCUCCAGACAGUAGGGCCCACGAUGGCCACCCUCCAGGCAGUAGGGCCCACGUUGGCCACCUUCCAGGCAGUAGGGCCCACGAUGGCCACCCUCCAGGCAGUAGGGCCCACGAUGGCCACCCUCCAGGCAGUAGGGCCCACGAUGGCCACCCUCCAGACAGUAGGGCCCACGAUGGCCACCCUCCAGGCACUAGGGCCCACGUUGGCCACCCUCCAGACAGUAGGGACCACGUUGGCCACCUUCCAGACAGUAGGGCCCACGUUGGCCACCCUCCAGACAGUAGGGCCCACGAUGGCCACCCUCCAGACAGUAGGGCCCACGUUGGCCACCCUCCAGACAGUAGGGACCACGUUGGCCACCUUCCAGGCAGUAGGGCCCACGUUGGCCACCUUCCAGGCAGUAGGGCCCACGAUGGCCACCCUCCAGGCAGUAGGGCCCACGAUGGCCACCCUCCAGGCAGUAGGGCCCACGAUGGCCACCCUCCAGGCAGUAGGGCCCACGAUGGCCACCCUCCAGGCAGUAGGGCCCACGUUGGCCACCCUCCAGACAGUAGGGCCCACGAUGGCCACCUUCCAGACAGUAGGGCCCACGAUGGCCACCUUCCAGACAGUAGGGCCCACGAUGGCCACCUUCCAGACAGUAGGGCCCACGUUGGCCACCCUCCAGACAGUAGGGCCCACGUUGGCCACCCUCCAGACAGUAGGGCCCACGAUGGCCACCCUCCAGACAGUAGGGACCACGUUGGCCACCCUCCAGGCAGUAGGGACCACGUUGGCCACCCUCCAGGCAGUAGGGCCCACGAUGGCCACCCUCCAGACAGUAGGGCCCACGUUGGCCACCCUCCAGACAGUAGGGCCCACGUUGGCCACCCUCCAGACAGUAGGGCCCACGAUGGCCACCCUCCAGACAGUAGGGCCCACGUUGGCCACCCUCCAGACAGUAGGGCCCACGAUGGCCACCCUCCAGACAGUAGGGCCCACGAUGGCCACCCUCCAGACAGUAGGGACCACGUUGGCCACCUUCCAGGCAGUAGGGACCACGUUGGCCACCUUCCAGGCAGUAGGGCCCACGAUGGCCACCCUCCAGACAGUAGGGACCACGUUGGCCACCUUCCAGGCAGUAGGGACCACCCGUCUAGUGUUGUCGAAUCUAGUGAUGACCAGCCGUCUAGUGUUGUCGAGUCUAGUGAUGACCAGUCGUCUAGUGUUGUCGAGUCUAGUGAUGACCAGUCGUCUAGUGUUGUCGAGUCUAGUGAUGACCAGCCGUCUAGUGUUGUCGAGUCUAGUGAUGACCAGCCGUCUAGUGUUGUCGAGUCUAGUGAUGACCAGUCGUCUAGUGUUGUCGAGUCUAGUGAUGACCAGUCGUCUAGUGUUGUCGAGUCAUCUAAGAAUAGUGUGCGAGUGCAACCUGUCUCUCGUAUAACACAUUCUAUUUUGACGUAA